ACAGAGCAACUGAUGAAUGAAAAGUGAUCAUGUUCGACUGUUGGUGGUUUUUGCCAUAACGUUAGAAGGAUACCAGACAGGAGGAUAGGAUUCGAAGGAAAGGAAGCUGUAAGAAAAUGAACUCUGAUGAUAUUUACGAAAAUCUUCCAUGUCACACCGAUGAAGCAUUGCGGAACGGUAACGGAAUGACGAGUGCCGGAAAUCGUGUAUCAGCCGUGUUAGAGGGAGGCGGAGUAGGCCGCAGUAGUGAUGAGGGCGGUGAAGGCAAACUGCAGAAUAAUCUUGCCCUGAACAGCAAGGACAUGUUGUAUGCGACACCGUUGAAAAAAUCGGAACGCCCGGUGAAGGUGCUCAAUAGUAGCGUCCCAGCGAUGCAGAAUGGCAAUGCAGCGCCGGGGACACGGGCGCAACCCAACGCUGGUACAUUCAGCGGUGAAGCAGAGCGCGAUACGAAGAUCAUAAACGCCGAACUGGAAGAUCGACGAAUACGGGACUUCCUGAAGGAUACGUCCCAGAUGCAUAAGAAAAUCGAGCUACACAAAACGUACCAAAGUUCGAAUUUUUCGUACCUCGCACGUAAGGAACACUUUGCCGAUUUGGUGCAGCGGAAUGUGAACAGCAAUGGAGCGUUGGCGAGCGAUCAAUCAGUGCCGUUCCAUGCGGCGGGUGGAGAUGAACCCGAUGCGGCAUCGUUUGCGGCAGGUGGCUAUAAAACGCUGGCAGGGGAGGAAGAGGACAAAAAUUUAGAUCUCGGCAUUAACGAAUCGUUGAACGAGCUGGAGGCACGUUGUAAUGAAAAGCUCGAAAUGUUGGCCAAACUAAACCGAACACGAUCGGGCACUACGACGGAACAGCAAUCCCAGGAGGAUAAUGAACAGGCGGACCUAAUGGAUCCGACAGCGGUGGAGAUGGAAAGAGAGGCUGGAAUCGUACCGAAACCAUCGGCACCGCCACUUUCCGCGUUGAACACGGAGCGUGGAUCAAAAGGGAAUAACUUAGCCGAUCCAAUUGGCGGUGGUACGGGUGGAGGCGAACCAACUAUAAGUGCGCACCUGAAUCGGGAGUGGGUGUUGAAAAAGAUUGCCAUGUGCUUAGAGCAACGGGUCUCGAAGAAACCGGUACCGCCGGUACCAUCAUCCGUGACGGGAGUGGGUCCUUCGAUUGACAGUGUUGCACCCUCUUCUUCAUCCGUACCGACACCCGGUGGUGCGGGAGGAUAUUUCGCGCGUAGUGGUCAACCGGCAGUUAGUGGAAUACCACCUCCAGUGGAUGGAGGACACCGGACAGGCGAAAGCGGAUUGCCUUCCUUGGGCUAUCUUGUUCUCGGAUCGAAUGGUUCAGGGAAAACGUCAAUCUGCAACGACAUCAUCGAGGGAACGUCGGGUACUAAAGGAAUGCUUAAUCGCAGGCUUUUGGCUUGCUAUUUUGUCAACUCCCAGAACCCGGAAUGUCAUAGUCUGAGCAUGUUUAUACGGAGCGUUAUAUUGCAGAUAUUAAGUCAUUCGAGCUACGUCAACAGUACCGGGAGCAGUAUGAUGGGUCAAGAGAUAAUUAACCUCUCGGAAACAUCUAUCGAAGCAAACGAACAACCGGUGAAUACUAGUAACGAUUGCUUACCGGAAGCGGAUCAGCAACAGCUGAAGGGUGAACCGGCUCAAAAUCAUUCCCCUACGCCUGUUGGUCACGAACCAAUGCAACCUGCUGCUAAAACGGAUCAACGGGCCAACGAUUCGAACGAGACAGUCGAUAAGGAGUUGGAAGAUGCAAUACGAACAGAGAUGAAAAUCAACGAACGGGUGGCAGAGUUCUGUUCGGGUCGAAAGAAAGUAUCCCGCCAGCAAUCGGAACCGGUGGAAAGUCUGAGUCGAGAUCGAGAGCAACCCUCCUAUGCGUAUAAAACGCAUCCACCGCCAAUGACAAAAGUUGGCACAGGAAUUGCGGGAACGAUGGAGGAACCGGACGAAGAUGACAAGCAGGACAAGGCCACGAUGAGUCCGGGUAGGCCAGCGAAAGUUUCCAAGAUCCCGAUCGCCAUCGGCAGUACGAUAAGAAGCCCUAAGAAAAUGUCGCCAACCAAGGACGAGAAUAGCAGCAGUAGUGGCGGUAAGCAAGAGAAACAACAAGAAGACGAUACCGGAUCUAAACCGGAACGGGAAGAGGACAUUAUUCUGGAGGGUGGCGGUGAGGCGAUUGCCGAAGGGGAUGUUAGCGAUAUAAAGCUAUUGGAGGACGAAGACAUCGAGGUAAAAGCCAGUGAGGGCGUAGAGGUUAAGAACCGAGUAGAGCCAACCUUUGCGCCAGAAGUAUCGCCAGUACUGAACGAUAUGGACGACAAGCCCUACCCCCAAUUACGAUCGACAAAACCGAUGGAAACGAGUAUUCCACCACCGUUGCCAAAGUCGAAAAAUUGUCGCCAGGUAAUUGCGGACGGGUACUACGAAAUGUUGCUCAGCAAUCCGGACAUUUUCGAAUCACUUACGGUGGACAGCAUUGAGAAGAAUCCAGACGAUUGUUUCAAGAAAGCGAUCCUGUUUCCGCUGUUAGAGUUGUGCCCGCCGAAGAAUGCACUGCUACUGUUGAUCGAUUCGAUCGACGAGAACUACAUCCAGGACGGUAACCUGAUCUCGACGCUCAAAGGCAAACAGGUGACGAAGAGUCGUAACAUUGCGGAACUACUCUCCAACCACAUCCACCUGAUGCCGAAGUGGUUGUUUAUGGUGUGCACGGCCAAGAAGCAGAACAAAAACAUCACCAAACUGUUCACCGGGUUCAAGAAGCUUACGCUGGACGAUCUGCGCAAGUCGCACGUGGUGAAGGACGUGCAGCAGUACAUUAUCAACCGGCUCAAUACGGACUUCCGGGGCAUCAAUCUUACCAAAGACAUCAUCGAAAGUCUGAACCAGCUGUACAUCAAAUCGAACGGAUGUUUGCUGUACCUGUACAAAGUGUUGAACGGGAUAAGGGAGAACUUUUUCACGUUCCGCGAGAUAAAGCUGAUACCGUGCACACUGAACGGUCUGUACCUGUACAUAUGCCAGAAGUCCUUCAACAAGAAGCAAUACAGCAAGAUACGCCCAAUACUGAACGUACUGCUCGUGUGCAACAGCUACGUAGACAAGUACUUCAUCUACAACUGUCUCCGCACGCACAACUACACGCUCGAGAUGGAGGACUUCGAGCGGCGGCUGGAGCUGAUGCGCAACAUCGUCGAGUACAGCCCGUUGAAUCCGUGUGCGGUGCGCAUCUUUCACAACUCUUUCUGCGACUGGUUGAUCGAUGUGAAGUUUAGCACCAAAAAGUUUCUGUGCGAUCUGAACGAGGGCCACGUGAUGGUUUCGAUGUACUACACGGUCGUGGCCGAUGAGAUCUGUCCGAACAAGCUGCGCCUGUAUCUGUACCACCUGAUCAAGACGGGCGAGUAUCUUACGAGCAAAAAUGUCGAUCUCGAUCUGCUGUUGAUACUGCUGGAAACCAAAUCAAACCUGAGCGACUGUUUCUACACCAAUCUGCUGAACUGCUGUGCGAUGUGUGAGGAUGAGUGUCGGAACGAUAUCAACCUGUCGGCGCGCACAAAGUACAUGCUGGACCGGUUCCUGAACGGUCUGCUAAACGAUGAUUUUAUGAUCUUUUUGAACGAUUUUUUCAAACCGAACCUACCGACAGACUGCAAGGUGUUGAAGCUGCUGAUCGAAACGGGAAUUAACAAUGCGGACACGGCACUGUCCUGUGAGUCGUCCGCCAUUAACUCGCCCGUACUGUCGGAUCGGUCGCAGAACAUUGACUCGGAGCUGGCGGAAUUGUUGAUCUCGAGCGAAAAAAGUUGCCAGCAGGAGUUGCAAAAGUCUAUCAAUCUGGAGCUGCUAGACUGUGGUGGCGCAAAUGGUGCUGCUGCAGGAGGUGGACUUAUCGAUGGUUCUGUGGUGGGUAGAGACGGUGGUGCUGUUGGUCUUUCGUCCGGGCUUGCUCGUCAUCGGUACAGCGCAGGGCCAUCGAUUACGGGUGGUGGUGAUGGUGGUAGCAGCGCGCUGGGUGAUUCAAAAUCGGAUAUACAGAACGAUCGUGUCGGUAGUGGGGUGCAGUGCGACAUGUUUGAGGGAGAGAUGCACAAAGGCAAAGCGCUGAUACACAUUCUGGCCAACGAAGGAAACCAUACGCUGCUGGAACGAGCGUUAAAUGCAUGCAAGGAUCCAAUAGAUCUGGAAAUAGAGGACCUCAACGGACAGACUGCACUUAACAUAGCGGCACGAAAUGGACAUCAGGAGAUUGUAAAGUUGCUGCUUACAUACAAACAACCGCUGCGUGACGGGACUGGUCGGUAUCGAAUGAUCGACGUGAACCAUGCGGACCGUGACGGUUGGACUCCGUUACGGUCGGCUUCCUGGGGCGGUCAUACCGAAGUGGUGAAGCUGCUUAUCGAAACGGGUGUAUGCGCAAUCGAUCGUGCCGACAAGGAGGGACGCACGGCGUUACGAGCGGCGGCCUGGAGCGGCAAUGAGGACAUUGUGAAGAUACUGAUCGAAGCGGGAGCAAACGUGAACUCGAUCGAUAAGCAAGGACGCACGUCGCUGAUCGCCGCAUCGUACAUGGGCCAUUAUGAUAUCGUCGAGAUACUGCUGGAGAACGGCGCCGACGUUAAUCAUACGGAUCUGGACGGAAGGAAUGCACUGUGUGUGGCGGCCCUGUGCGGGAGCUCUGGAUAUAGCAGGGUAAUUUCCACGCUGCUCGAGUACGGUGCAAACACGGAUCAGACUGACAACGAGGGAAUGUCACCGCUGUUGGUGAGCUCGUUCGAAGGCAAUGCGGAGAUCUGUGAAUUGCUGCUGGAAAAUGGUGCCGAUCCCGAUAUGGCGGACAACAUGGGCAGGACUCCGUUGUGGGCAGCGUGCACAUCCGGCCAUGCGAAUGUUGUAAAGUUGUUGCUCUUUUGGGGCUGUGGAAUUGAUUGUAUGGAUUCGGAGGGACGAACUGUGCUGAGCGUUGCGGCUGCCCAAGGUAAUCUGGAGACCGUGCGGCAACUGUUAGAUCGUGGACUGGACGAAACGCAUCGCGACAAUGCCGGCUGGACGCCGUUGCACUAUGCAGCGUUCGAAGGGUACGCUGAUAUCUGCGUACAGCUGCUCGAAUCGGGGGCCAAAAUCGAUGAGUGUGAUAAUGAGGGCAAGGCAGCAUUGCACUUGGCAGCCCAGGAGGGUCAUAAUGCGGUGAUGGAAGCGAUCCUAAAUAUACACCGACCGUGCAUCGAUCAGCGAGCGCACGACGGCAAAACGGCAUUCCGUUUGGCGUGCCUGGAGGAACAUUUCGAGUGCAUUCAAACGCUGCUAAAGUUCGGUUGUGAUAUCAACUCGAAGGACGCGGAUUCGCGCACGACGCUUUACAUUCUGGCGUUGGAGAAUAAGCUGAAGGCGGUUAAGUUUUUGCUCGAAUACUCAAACGCCGACGUGAACAUUCCGGAUAGCGAGGGUAGGACGGCAUUACAUGUGGCCGCAUGGCAGGGCCAUGCGGAGAUGGUGAAACUGUUGAUAACGCUCGGCAACGCGGAUGUGAAUGCGAUGGACUUGGAAUCUAGAACACCGUUGCACUCCUGCGCCUGGCAGGGCAAUCACGAAGUGAUGCAGCUUUUGCUGUACUACGGUGCGAUUCCGGAUCAUGCCUGCAAGCAAGGGGCAACGGCGUUGGGAAUUUCCGCACAAGAAGGGCACGAGAAGUGUGUCAGCUAUCUGCUGAAGUACGGUGCUAACCCGUACAAGUCGGACCACUGCGGGCGGACACCGAUCAAGCUUGCGGCUAAAUCGAAUCGCAACAAUGUGCUUCGAAUUCUGGAAAGUUUUACCAAAAACGAUUUGGAUUGUGGUAAGAUGAUGCACCCUCAUCUGAAUUUAAAAUCACCGGAUGAGUUGCCACCAUGCAGUUCCAUACACAAUCCCUCCCCAUCGUCGGGUUAUCCGAACAAUCCGAAUCUGCUAAUGCCUGCCGGUGGUGGUGGCGGUGGCUCGGCAAUCCUAAAUGCAUCGUCAACAAACUCAAACACAACUAGCUCUACUACGCAAAACAACAACUUCUACGAAAACACGAUGCACUCCGACACGAGCAGCUUGCAGAAGCGUAAAAGUGUCAUCUCUAGUCAAUCUACCGGUAGCAGUAAUGAGCAAGCACCGAUGUCCUUUACGCAGCAACUUCAAAAACAUUCGCGCCAUCACAACUCCAAAUCGCACCACAUCGUGCAGCAACAGCAUCAACCGCAUCAUCAACAACACCAGCAAACGUCGUCGUCUUCGGUUGCCAAAUUUGGAAACAAAAAACAUUCCCAGGUACUGCCGAACGUUGAGGAGUACCAAGCAAAUAUUGCCUCAAACAUACGCAUAAAUCCGAACGAUGCCGAUCUGUUCGAUCUGGGUUGUAUGUCCCCACUGUACGCGACGCCACCACAUUCGCCGAGCAGUGAAAUUAGCUCACCGGGACAGAAUCAACCACCGUCCUCGUUGGCACUGCUUGGCAAACAGUUCGAGGAGAUGAACAUUAGCCUUUCGAACAACAGUACGAUUAUGAAUCCGCACGAUAAUCACUUUGCCCGUGAUACGCAUAUGCGCAUCAUUUUAGGCAACAAUCAGAAGGAAGGUGGUGGACAACUACAGGGAGCCAGUGGUGGUGCCGGAGCAGGAGGUAAAUCAUCAAAGCGCAGCGGUAUUGCAACAAAUCCGGCAAUGCGUUUGAUACGCAACCGUAUCGAUUCUGCGGCGCAGCUUAUCCGACGUACGAACAACAUUCUUUCCAGUGGUGGCAACAACCAGGGUUCGUCUAGUAUUGGUGUGAAAUCGGGCACGUUCCAAUGGCGCAAGGAAAGUCAGAUGUAAUUUGCUGACCAGACCAUUAAUGUAUUUGCACACACGGGAAUUGGGAAAUUACUUUUAAAAAAACAGGGAUGUAUGUACAUUUUUCUCACUCAACAACCGUGUGGAUAGGCAAGGACAGGGAGAAAGAUGGGUCCCAGUGUGUGGCAAGGUGGGUUUAAACAAAGCAAUGUGUUAUAUGGGAUAGAAUAACGAAAUGAAGCCACGAGAGAGUGGUGAGUAGUGUACGGGAGUUUGUGUGGUGUUGGAAAGUUUAUACAUACAUUACUCUUUCCCCUUGCACGAACGUAGCGUAGUUAAGAGUGCACCCGAUUUUUUCCAGUAACAUUUUGAACGGUACUGUUGUAGGCCGCGGCAAAAAGAACCGCAACGAUCAUGAUACUGGUAGAUCAUGGCAUGGUGAAAAGAACUGUAUCCAAAUGAAAAGCACAUAGAGUAGGGGACGUGUUGGAUAUCAGUAUGUGAUGAUAGUGUGGCAUUUAAAAUUCAACAAAGAGAGUUACUGUCUCUUUCUAUCUAUUAAUCGUGCACACCACCAGUAGUAGCUGGAGAACACUCCUUUUAAUAUAAGAGUUUAUCACACCGGUUGUAGAGUAAACAGGGAAAACAGACAAACACAGUAUAAUAGGACAUGAGCAGACAUAUGAGAGAUUUCGUAUUAUCGGUCCAUGCUCCAGCUGUUGGAUAUAUCGUACUAGUGACACCUUUUGCAUCAGUUAAAUGCCUUCAAUGGUGUGAUGUUUGUCAAAUUACUGGUUUACAUUUAUCGUACCUCUUUUGCUACCCAACUUUACACAACCGUAUGUCAGUAGCGUUUCUUUUGCUAUUCUUUAAAGAUGAAAUUUAUUUUCAUAUUGAACUAUACUUUAAUGAAACACUUGACGUACCAGUAGUGUAUGGGGCAGUGCGAAUAAGCCUCUCCAAUCGCAAAUAGUACAGAAACACAUUGGACUGAUCAUCUUUUAUAUAGCGUAACACGUGUAAACGAUGGGUUUUUGAAACGUAUAUUUUUUGCGUAAAUAUUUUUAUGUCACGCUUGUUGUCAGUUUAGCUAAUACAAUAGACAUUAUUUUGACGCCAUGACAAUCUAUUUUUCUAACAUAAAAAUGUUCAUAAUCUAACCGUGAGGUUGUGUUGUGCAAUUUGAAAGUUUCUUAUAGUUGAUUUUUUUUGUUUGUUUUAUUUUGUACUACACGUCAGGGAGAUUACAUGGCCUUUGCUCAGUACGGAUGGAUGGAAUUGUGUAAAUGCUUCUCUCCUCCUAGCGCGACCCAUCAGACCAUAACAUGUUUUUUUUUAAUUUUACAUAAAAAUAAAUUUAUUUAUUUCCCCCGCGUCGCAGAAAACAGAAGUCCCAGAGCAGCACACUUGUUAAGCAAAAAGUACGAUGUGAAGAAUUAUUACGAAACGGUAGAAGAAACAGAAAAAUGAGAUAUAAAUCCCAGUAAAUAACUCAAGUUACAGUAUGUGGUAAGAUUAUAUCGUCAUUUCAAGUAUUGAUCCUUUUUGCAUUCGUGAGGAAGAAGGGAUGGGGACCGAGGAAUGGUGGUGAACGACAGACAAAAAGGGCCACACGAAUGAAACAACAACCUGAACCACUCAACCAAUUGAUAAAACAGCACUCACCUCUAAUUAGACUUGUAAGUUGAUGAUACAAAGGAUAAAACAAUGAAAAACGUUUAUUUUCAAGACGUAAAAUUACUUACACGUAUAUUCCACGAAUCAGCCAAUUGAAGCAAAUUAUUUAAAGACCCAUACACACUUCAUAGUUAGUUUGAGUCGCGAGUUUGAUUGAAAUAUUCUUUGAUAAUCUUUUUCUUCCUCUUUCUGGCGCUUCGUGCUGCGCACGCAGGAAGAAAUGGGCCAUAAUUCUAGAUAAAUGGAAGGAAAAAUGGAAGGUGUAGAUUUGCGUGUGAUUUGCGGUUAAUCUUUGGAAUUAGAUGAGCCAAUGAAAAGGGUGUAGUAAACUCCAGUGCAAGAGCUCAAAUAGAACUGGUGAAGGAAAAUGAUCGGCAUCGGUGUUCCGAUUAUUCUGCGCAUAAAGGCAUAAACUUACUGAUUCUAGUCGAUUUUUAGUUAUACGGGCUGGCCUACGGCAAAAUGAUUUUUACCGGGAUGCCAUAACAUUUGUGUUUCACUGCCCGUGGUUACUUCAAACACUUCAAAGCAAAGAGAGACAAACGGAUACAGGAGAAAUGCAUCCUUGACACAUAGAUUUAAAGGAUUGUUUCCCUUUUCUCUGUGUGUCCCCCUUGGUGUAGAUGCGAGCAAUUGGAUCCCACUGAAAAAUAAUGAAUUAAAUGUGUGAUUUUGUUUUUUAUUUUACAAAUAAGCUAAGUUCCACCUCAUAUACCGAUUGAUAGUGUUUCUACAUUCGUUUGUGUCGCCCGUAAUUAGCAUGUAUUAUUUAUUGGUUUCUUAUGUAUAUCUGUGUGACGAGAACGCUGCGCGCAAACAGGUGUAAUGCACGCAAACAGAGGACGCGUGGGUGCGGUAGUAAAUACCGAGAAUAAUUCCUUCUUAAUUUCAAUAUAAUUGACUGGGUGACCCUUCGAAAACAAAGAGAGAACGUAGUGCAAAAGUAAUAAAGAAACAAAAUUAAAGUAGAAUUUGCUUUAUGGCAUGUCGAGGCAGAUGAAUGUUGUACAAU